AGGAGAAUUGGAUUGUUUUGGUUUGACAACUUGUGAUACAGCUCAUCACUGUCAUCACAUUGUCCAGUCAUAGCAGUAAAUAGUAAAUAAGCAAGAUUAUUAAUUUUAUUGAUUAAGAGAAGAUUAAUUAACUCAGUCCUGCAAAAUCUUUUAAAACGUUCGUUGGUAAUUCAGAUAUGGAUUUUGAACCUUUGGAUCCCACCGUCCAAAAUGUCAUAGAACAGACAAGUCUUAAAUGGAUAUUUGUUGGUGGAAAAGGUGGUGUGGGGAAAACUACAUGCAGCUGCAGCUUAGCGGUUCAGCUAUCAAAGGUGCGAGAAUCAGUACUAAUCAUAUCAACGGAUCCCGCUCAUAAUAUAUCCGAUGCUUUUGAUCAGAAGUUUACAAAAGUGCCCACUCUAGUCAAUGGGUUCUCCAAUUUAUCGGCAAUGGAAAUAGACCCAAAUGUCGGAAUUAAUGAAUUGCCUGAAGAGUAUUUUGAUGGGGAGGCAAAUCCCAUGAAAAUGAGCAGAGGGCUGCUUCAGGAAAUAAUCAAUGCUUUUCCCGGGACAGAUGAAACAAUGUCGUUUUCUGAAGUAAUGAAGCUGAUAAAGAAUAUGAAUUUUUCAGUAGUUGUGUUCGAUACAGCUCCAACUGGGCACACGUUAAGGCUACUCUCAUUCCCACAUGCUGUAGAGAAAGGACUAGGUAGAAUACUGGAAAUCAAGCAAAGAAUUGCGCCAAUGAUUUCCCAGUUCAGCGGACUGUUAGGUAUGCAGGGUUUGGACGUAAAUCGUUUUUCCGAUAAAAUUGACGAAGUCUUGAGUGUGAUAAAGCAACUGAAUGAGCAGUUUAAGGAUCCUGAUCAGACCACCUUUAUUUGUGUGUGCAUAGCGGAGUUUUUGUCACUCUAUGAAACAGAGCGCCUGGUACAGGAACUCACUAAGGUCAAAAUAGACACACACAACAUAAUAGUUAAUCAAUUGGUAAUUAAAAAUAAGGAUGAGCCACCCUGUAGAAUGUGUAAUGCCAGAAUAGGCAUUCAAAAGAAGUAUCUUGAUCAAAUUGCGGAUUUGUAUGAGGAUUUCCAUGUAGUGAAGUUGCCAUUGUUAGAGAACGAAGUUCGAGGCGUCGAGAAAAUUACAAGCUUUUCCGAAUUUCUAGUCAAACCGUAUAAAGUAUAGUACACAAUUUGAUUCUAGGCAUUUUAGGUAUAUGGUAUUUUGGAAAAGUUAAUUUACUAUAUAAUUAUAGGAUCUUAUGUAUGUUAAUUAUCUCGAUGGACGCCUAGACGUAUCAUAUAAUUCAGGUUGCUUAUUGACUGCCUUUGUAUUUGUUUGUACUGAUGAUACAAUAUUAUGGAGAUAGUUAGAAUUUUCCUAUUCUGAGAUAUAUUCUGUUUCAAUAAACGUGAAAUGAAAUAAAUUUUUCGAUUUGAACCGCUUUUGCAGUCUGUCUAAAAGUUGUAAUUAAAUCUACCUGUAGAUAUUCUGUUAAAUCCUUUCUAUAAUUAUUUUAAAUAUACAUUUACCUUUGUUUCUUGUCAGUAAACAUUUUUUUAUACCUCUGUUGUAAUUUAAUAGUGAUCGUGAUAUUAAUUGAUAAAGGGUGUUCUUCGGUACUUCUGGGGAUUUCGGUCAAAUCGCAAAAAAAUCAAUUUUUUGGGUCAACGUUUCGGCUAUGUGAGUAGAUAUCUUCAGGGCUCAAUUGUUUGUCCGCUUUCCUUGCCAGAAAAACACACAAAAUGUUUAUUAGGCCUUCAAAUGGCUCAAGCCAAAACGUUGUUUUUUGGGUCCAAAUAGAACAGUGGUUUUAUGCGGUUAUUUGACCGAAAAGUGGUACCAAAGAACAUAUUUUUCACAUUUUUACAUAUACUUGUUUUUGUAUUUAUAUUUUGAAUUUGCAUAUACAUAUAUUUUAUACAGCUCUUCACAGUGUAUGUUUGGUCUGUUGUAUGAGAAUGUCGUAGUUUGAACAUAUUUGUUAUAUAAUAAUAGCAAUAAUUAUGUGAAAGACUAGUUUCGUUGGAAAUGUAUUUGCAGGUCGCCGAGAUUAAAUGUUAUUUCGUCAUUAUUAUAAUUUAUAUUCAUUUUGUUUAAACAGCCAUUAUAAACGUACUUUUCUC